UGGACUCCUAUGAGAAUAGCGUUUAUCUAGUCCGUGUUGAAACAGUCAGGCGCGGUUGAAGGAUACCUAAAACUGUACUUUUGCCUUCCGCGUUGGCAAUUCCGUUGGUGCCGACUUUUCUCCACGUCAGUUUUGCAUUGUAGACAGAUAAUAUUCUAGCGUUGUUAUAAAACACUCAUGUAACAUCGACGAUAACUUUGUAGUUAUCUAAGAAACAGCCACCAGUCGCAUCGACAAUGUCAUUAACGUUACUGGAGACGGAUGACAGCUAUGACUUUGUUUUUAAAAUAGUUUUAGUGGGAGAUGUAGGUGUUGGCAAAACUUGUGUGGUUCAACGGUUCAAGUCUGGUAAUUUCAUGGAAAGACAAGGAAAUACCAUCGGAGUGGACUUUACCAUGAAGACAAUGGAUAUUCAAGGGAAGAGAGUGAAGCUGCAGAUCUGGGACACGGCGGGCCAGGAACGUUUCAGGACGAUCACCCAGAGUUAUUACCGCAGCACCAACGGAGCCGUCAUUGCCUAUGACAUCACUAAGAGAGCAACCUUCAUGGCUGUGCCCAAGUGGAUGGAGGACGUCAAGAAAUACGGAGGGUCAAACAUUGUACCCCUGCUCAUCGGGAAUAAGUCUGACCUGGUGGAUCAGCGUGAGGUGUCGUUAGAAGAUGCCCAGACCAUGGCCCACCAGCUGGAGUUCCUGACGGCCAUUGAGACAUCGGCUAAAGACGCCUCCAACGUGGAUGAGGCCUUUAACAAGAUGGCCGCCGAGCUCAUCCUGCGCCACGGGGGACCCAUGUUCAACGAGAAUGUGACGGAAAGCUUCAAACUCAACAGCAAAGAAAUGGGUGGAGAAGGUUGGGGCUGUGGCUGCUGAUAGGAGGUGGAGAGGGGACUGUACAUGUUGAUAAUUCAAAGGUUUUGCACCAGCUGGGACUGUGGAUAGUGACCAACAGGUGGUUUGUUGACAUGUGUUGUGAAAAACAUAUAUUUGUUUUAUUCUGUUUCAGGGAUCAGUUGAGAAACUUUUUGAUGUAGCAAUACCUGUUUUUUAUGGGGGGAGGGGGGCAUGUGGGGGAGGGGGGCAUGACCUGCACAGAAAUAUGUUAUUGGACGUAAAUAGAAUCUCUGAUCCAGAGUUGAUCUGAACCACUAUUGGAGUCAAACCCUGACUUUUACUUCCCAGAGCAUGUAUCUGUGCUGUCCCUCCCUGCCCUUUAACGGAGACAGACAGGCCUGACAGGAAAUGUUAAAUCUAUCACUUCGUAUGGUGUGGCGGCCUGACAUCACAGAUGUUAUUGAACCUUGUUCUGUAGACAGUAUUACAGUGUAGAAGAUGUAUAAACCUGCCCAGCAAGUCAUGAUAGGAUUGAUGAUGUUUUUAUGGGGAGGACAGAGUACAUACACGUACCAUAGACUUUGAUAUUUUUGCACAGUGAUUAUUGUUAGAAAUUGACCUGCCAUGUUUGAAGUUGUGCGGUAUGUCAAGGAAAGGUGCAUGGUGUGCCUAGUGUUGCACAUCAGAGUGUAAUCUUGAUUCUGAAUGCUUGUUGAAUCAUGACUGACACAAUCAGUCUCCUCCUGUGAAGACUAUAGGAGCAUACAGUGCAUUUGGAAAGUAUUCAGACCCCUUGACUUUGUCCACAUUUUGUUAGAUUACAGCUUUAUUCCAAAAUGGAUUAAAUAAAAAUGAUGUCUCAUCAAUCUACACACAAUACCCCAUAAUGACAAAGCAAAAACUGUUUUUUAGAUAUUUUUGUUAAUUUAUUACAAAUAAAAACAGAUACCUUAU